AAACAACUCGACCAUCAAGAUGCCAAUGAAGAGACUAGGACACAAACCUUUUUCCUGGGCCGCGCAUGAGGUACUCGAAAAACCUUUGAGCAACAAAAUCGAAACCCCGAUCCCCCUUCAAGAACUUAUGAAUGCUCUAGCAAACAUGCGUCUCAACCCAAAAUACAGUGACUUCACUAUUUUGUGUGGUGAAGAGUCCUUCCCUGCCCAUAAAUGUAUCGUUUGCGCGCAAUCAGGAUUCUUCUCUGGUGCCAUGGAAGGAGAUUUCAUUGAAGCUACCACAAAUACUGUCGAGAUCCAAGAAGAUCCGACUUUGGUGAAGCAGGCGAUUGAGUACUUAUAUACUCUGGACUACCAAGUCAUAUCUCACAAUACAACAGAACGAAGCCACGAACAUGGCAAUGAAUUGAGCCUCACAAGCUCGAGUUGCCACGUUCCUGACGGUGAAGUGGAUACCUCUACAAUACAGGGGGCUUGGGAGACCUCAGGUCAAUCUCCUGAUAUAACCGAUGCUGGAGAUACCACUCCUAUGCUUGACCCUCUCUCAUUUCACAUACUGAUGUACUCUCUCGCGGACCGUCUCCUCAUCAAAGGAUUGAAAGCUCUCGCCCAAAAAAAGGUUGAAUAUGAAAUGGCCCAAAGACUAGACGCGGCUUCGUUCCCGCAGGCGGUCUUGGAAAUCUACAAUUCAACGCCUAAAAGUGACAGAGGCUUAAGGGACCUUGCCGUGGACAUCACUUUGCGUAACCUUUCUCUCUUGAGGCGGAAAGAUGAAGCAGCUGAUGCUAUCUUCCAAGACACUCUCCUAGAUUCCGUUCCACAAUUCUCACGUGACUUGCUGAUCGCGAUGAUGAAAAAGUCUGUGACCGCAUGAGGUAAAGUGAGAGCUGUGGAAGGAAUUGGGCUGAGCAGAAUGAAUGGUAAGAACGGAAAUACCAAUGUAGGUCGAAACACAACUACAGAUACUCAAAUAUUCGGACGACAUUUCUG